AUGAGCCACCACCGGUCCAUCGAGCAGGCGUUGGCCAGCCUUCUGCCCGCGCAUGCAGAAGACCUCCCUCGUGAGCUGCUGAAUCUUGCAGCUUCCCUGCUUACCCAGACUCGGAGCUGUGGUGCGACUCUCAAGCCGGAGAUGGAAAUUGCCAGGCCGUAUGCGUGUGCUGAAAUCGCCUGCAAGAGGUUAGCAAGGACGUUGAAGCUUCCGUCCCCUCUCAGCCGUCCACCAUGCCCUCCCAGAGUGUACAAGAAGCUCUACGCAUACAUCGAGCAAUCCCUGCAAAGUUCGUCGGCCAGUUCCAAGCGCCAGGAUGCAGAACCUCAGGCACAGAAACGGGCAUCUGUCAGAAAACAGAACAAAGCUACGGCUCCGCCAGCAUUACCCACACCUACUGCCACAUCAUCAGCCAUCUCGUCCCCUCGACUGAUUGAAAAGACAGGGAAUGGUCGGAAUCAUGUAUCAUCGAAGCUGUUGACGGGCAGUUCGCCUGUUGUAGAGCUACCUCAAUGGACCAUGGGGCAAAUCAGGACGAUCUGCAAGACGCUUCCUUCACUCACACGAGCAAGGGAAAUUCCAUCCCCUAGCACAUUCGCAUCUGCGCUGCCACCACAUAUAUACUCAGGCCUUUGCUCGGUUAUAUCAUUAAUCUCAACUUCAGAAGCACGCCUCACAGAAAAGUGGAAUGAUUUCGUAUCACCUGUCUUAUUACUUGGGAAAGAGCAGGAUAAUCUCGAUGCACAGACGAUGACCAAUUCGAGAGUAACAACAUUGAACAUUGCCAUUUACUUUGUUGUCUACGCCCGACGAAUUGGCGUGGUAUACGACGCAGAGACACAGCAAUAUCCCAACAAGCCCCUGGCAGAAUUGAAUGAAGAAGACAUGGAAGAAACGGUAGGGCGUGCAUUGGACAGCGUCAGUCUUCCCCGACUGGUAGAUGGCAUUGAAAAAUUUGCAAUGGAAGUCGAAUCAUGGCUUAUGAUAAUGCUUGAGAUGGGCUGGGCAAUUGAUCAACAGUGGUUUGAGAACAUUCCUUUGCCGACCGCCGAGGAGAUUGAGGCCUAUAAUCAGAUGAAUAAGCGAAGAAAGAGAGGCCUGGGCGAGGAUUCUGAUUUCGAAGAGGAUGAGGAGGAUAUACUCAGUCCCAAGCGGAAGAUGGUGAAGAGUAGGAGCGCGGAUGCUGGAAGAAGGUACCUGACUACGGGAGAGCAGAAUCACUAUGGUGACACACUACUGCCGGGUCUGGGCACAAUGAUGCAUCCCCAGGUUGACUGGCUGAGUGAAGACAAGAGAUACUCGUAUGGAACGUGGAAAGACCGCAUAAUGAUGUGGAUAGAGCAGGUUGAGAUAUGA